AUGGGUUUGUCAAAGUCUGAAAGAUUUUCCCCAAAAAUCUAUUCAACUUCAAGGAUACCCGGAUUGAUCAAAUUCUUCCAGUACUCAUUUAAGACGAACAAGUUUAAUGAUGAAGCCCAGAAUGCUUUAGCAGACCUCGAGAAUAACGUGAAAGUGGAGAUUGAAAACCUUGAAACAGAUCUUUAUUCAACCAAGAAAGAGCUUGAACUGAUGGAGAGAGCACAGGGCUUGUUAGAGCUGGAAAAGUUAAAGCUUGAGGAUGGGUUUCGAAGGAGUCAGAGGGAGCAUGAUGCUUUGAAGGAGAAAAUCACAAGCUUGAGUGAGGACGAGAGAGUUUCAAUUGAGAGAGAGAAAAGGAUUGAGGAGCGGUAUGCUAAGGUUCGUGAUGAGUUGAAAAGGAGUCAAACGAAAUGUGACGAGUUAAAUGAAAUAGUCACAAGGUUCGUUGAGGAUAAGAAAGUGUCAAGUGAUAGAGGGAAAAGGACCGAGGAGCAAUAUGCUAAGGCGUGUGACGAGUUGAAAAGGUGUCAAAAAGAACUUGACGAGUUAAAGGAAAAAAACACAAGGUUGCUUGAGGAUCGAACAGUGUCGAAUGACAGAGAGAGGAGAACCGAGGAGCGGUAUGCUAAAUUUUAUGAUGAGUACUCUAAGGCGGAAAAUGAAAAACAUAAGAUGAUUCUUCACUUGAAUGAGAGGAUUGAGGAAUUGAAGAAUCAAAAAUUGGGAAGCCAGCAGGCUGCAGAGAUGUACAAGGAGAAAAUUAAGUCUCUGGACUUGAGGGUUUCACACAUGAACUGGGAGGUGGAGAGGUUGAAGCGUGAAAAUUCAGAAGCUGAUCAGAUUGUGGAGGAGUUGAGGUGCAAAAAAUUGGAGGCUGAUCAGACCUUGGAAGUGUAUAAGAAGAAGUUUGAAGAUCUUAGUAUGAGGUUUGGCAACGCAGAGCAGAUUCUCGCCAAGGUUUUCAAAGUGGGGGUAAAUGAUCUAUCGAAUCUGGCAACUAAUAUAGAGAAGGAUGUUAGUUUUUCAACUUGUGAUGGUGAAAAGGAGAGUUCAGGGAAUGGUGGUAAAUGGAGUGGAGGGAAUGAUGAUUUUGAAAAUCGUGAUUUAGAGCAUUUUGGAAAUGAAAGGAGUCUAAAGAAGGGUGCUGAUGCAGGUCGACGUGCUAUUAAUGUGACCUUAGAUCAUGGAGAACAAGUCGCAAAGAACUUGGUGUUGGCUGGAAGUUCUCUUAAAAUGGCACGGUCACUGAAAUCUGGAGACAUUGUUGAAAUCAGUGACAGUGACGAUGAAGCAACCCCUAAGAAAAAUUUUCGAAGUCCAACUUUAAGUAAUACAAACAGGGAAAACAGAGCACAAUACAAAGAGGGUUCACUCCUGAGUUCGACACCAAAAAGGAAAAGAAGCACAUAUGGAUGUGACAACGAUGAAAAUUUUCAAAUUGGUGCACAGCAAGCGAAAUGA